AACAAAAUGAGGGGUUUUCAGAUCUUACCUCUCUCUCCUAACACAUAUUUGUAGUUUAAAACAUUUUGAUAUCUUUUUUCAUCUUCACCAAAUAAUAAACUAAGAAGAAGAAGAAGCAAGUUCAAGCACCAACCGGCUUUAAAGCAUCUAUUAUCUCCUUACCUGAAAAGGAAAGUUAAAAAACUUUUUAUUUUUCAUUUACUUUGUUCUUUGUCCAAGAGUUUAGUGUUGAUUGUGUUUGAAUCUUGCAACAGAUCAAAUCCUGUUUCAGAAGAAGAAGAAGAAGAGAUAUGGCAACUUAUUACAAAAGUAGUGGCUCAAGUGGCAUUUAUUCUGAGUUUGUCCCUGGCAACGCAAUGAUCUACACGAAUCCUGCAGUUUCUUACUUUCCUGGAGAAGCUAACAAUGUCUCAGCUUCAAAAGAGAUUCAAGUACUGUCUAGUUACGGUGAAGAAGCUUCACACGUGGUGGAGAUUCAAGAUUCUCGUUCUUGGAGAGAUCAAGAAGACAGGGCCUGCUUCCCGGUGAUGAUGCGUCCCACCACGGGACAGGGACUGUCCCUUGGCAUCAGCUCGCAGAUUGAGACACAAGUUGUUUCGGGCUUUCACAACUCAAAGUAUCUCGAGGCUGCUCAAGAGCUUCUGGAUGAAGCUGUUAAUGUUAAGAAAGCUUUGAAGCAGUUCCAGCCGGAGGGAGACAAGACUGAAGAAGACAAAGAGAAGAAUCUUCAAGAAUCAAUCACUAACCCUGACUUACCUCAAGCAGAGAGACAAGAACUACAGAACAAGUUGUCUAAACUCUUAUCCAUAUUAGACGAGGUGGACAGAAGAUACAAGCAGUAUUACCAUCAGAUGCAGAUAGUUGUGUCAUCUUUCGAUGUAAUAGCCGGAUGCGGAGCAGCUAAACCAUACACGGCUCUUGCGCUUCAGACAAUCUCAAGGCAUUUCCGUUGCUUGAGGGAUGCAAUAUCAGGACAAAUCUUGGUGAUAAGGAGAAGUUUAGGAGGAGAACAUGAUGGAUUAGAUGGGAGAGGAGUUGGUAUAAGCAGGUUAAGGAACGUUGAUCAAAAGGUAAGGCAGCAAAGAGCGUUGCAGAGGUUAGGAGUGGUGCAACCUCACGCUUGGAGGCCUCAGCGCGGUCUACCUGAUUCCUCUGUUUUGAUACUCCGUGCUUGGCUCUUUGAGCAUUUCCUCCACCCUUAUCCAAAGGAUUCGGACAAGAUCAUGCUAGCUAGACAAACAGGGUUGAGCAGAGGCCAGGUGUCGAACUGGUUUAUAAAUGCACGUGUGCGUCUAUGGAAACCGAUGGUGGAGGAGAUGUACAAGGAAGAGUUCACAGACGCAUUGGAGGAGAAUGUUACCAACUUGUCUUCCGGAAACAACAGACUAGCAGAAACCACCGAGUCUCAAGAACAGCAACUCGUGUCUAGUUCCAACAACGGUGGGGCAAGCACUAGCACGGUGGCACGUGGUGGUGAAGACCGGCUAAUGAUGAUCACCGAGAUGACAAGAAAUGGUAGUGGUGGGAUGUCUUUAACAUUAGGCAUUCCGGACAACUACGAGAAUAGUUUCCAGUACUUAAACUCUGGCAACGGCCAGCACCGGCUAGGCUCUUCACAAUUGUUGCAGGAUUUUGUAGCUUGAUGAAAGAAUACAAUAGAGAGAGAGAGAGGGGUGUAGUAGUAAUUAUAUUCUUUUUGUGGAAGUAAAACCAUCAGAUGAAUUAA